AUGAUGGACUUGCUAAUUUGUAUUUUUUUUGUUUUAUGUUUUUUUCCUCCUCCAGUCUCCCACAGUCAAAUCACUCGCUUGUACAGCCGCUUCACCAGCCUGGACAAAGGAGAGAAUGGCACUCUGAGCCGGGAAGACUUCCAGCGGAUUCCAGAGCUUGCCAUCAAUCCACUGGGAGACAGGAUUAUCAAUGCCUUUUUUUCAGAAGGAGAGGACCAAGUGAAUUUCCGUGGAUUCAUGAGGACUCUAGCCCACUUCCGGCCCAUAGAAGAUAAUGAAAAGAGCAAAGACCAGAACGGACCAGAACCACUGAACAGCCGAAGUAACAAGCUCCACUUUGCUUUUCGAUUAUAUGAUCUAGACAAAGAUGACAAGAUUUCCAGGGAUGAGCUUCUUCAGGUGUUACGGAUGAUGGUUGGUGUAAACAUUUCAGAUGAGCAGCUGGGCAGCAUUGCUGACAGGACUAUCCAGGAAGCUGAUCAAGAUGGGGACAGUGCCAUCUCCUUUGCAGAGUUUGUAAAGGUUUUGGAGAAGGUGGAUGUAGAGCAGAAAAUGAGUAUCCGAUUUCUUCACUGAUGAUGGAUGGAGAACCUAUUCCUUUGUACCCCUAAUAUAUAAGGAAUAGAACUUAAUUUUCUCCCAGCCACCUUUCCCCAGACCAUUGCUACUGGUGCAUGUGAAAUACAUCUCCAAACCCUCCCUGGUUUGUUUUAACGAUGUGAACAUUCUCCAUGCAUCAGAAACAAAGGGAAAAAGCUGCAGUGCAACUUGGAAAGGAACAUUUUUUAAAAAGAACCUUUUCCUUCCAUUUUCAGUUUUUACCCUUCUCCCCUUUCUCCUUCUCUGUUACUGUAUGAGUGGAAUAAGUCUCUUCCUAUAUACUGUUGUUUAAUCUACAAACUGAUUCUUCUGAGCUCUGUAUCUGAUUGGAAAAAAGCACUCUCCAAAAUGCUUUCUGGAGACCAGCAUCUGCUCAAAUACUAGAUGCAGCUGCCUUUUUUUUUCCUUUUUUUUCUACCUUCUCCGGUUUGUUCUUUACAUCACAAUCUUUUUCUCCUUCUAAAUCUGCCUUUUACUUGAGAAUCUCUCAAGUUUCUGUGGCUUUACUGUACGACUAGGAUUCAGUGGAAUAUAUGAUGAUAGUCCAGAAUAAUUUAAAGUACUGUGAAUAGAUUUUACUCCUUGUGGGAUCAAUCCACAGGAAAAAUAGGAAUCUGUGGCAUCCUGAAAGGAAAGGUGAAUCUUGCAUUAAAUGUUUAGUUAGCAGAUGCAGAAGUUUGUUUCUUUCCUUUGAGUGGCUUGCAGGCUUGACAGCCAGUGGACCACAGAAUGCCUGGUCCGGAUUGCUUUACUCCAGGACCCCUCUUCCCAUCAGGGUGGUUUCACCUCUGAAGGUGUAAACUUGUUUACCAGCAUAUUUAAUGCAAAAACACUAGUCGUGUCAAAAUCUGGAUUUGUAGUUCUGUCACUGCCCACAGUAAUAGUGUCAUAAAACAUUGUACUAAUAUAUAUAUAGAUAUUUUAAGUAUAGUAAUCGAGAUAAAAAUUUGUAUUAUUUAGUGUGGAAAUCCUGGUCUGUUAGUGUUGUGUUGAGGGCGAUAGCUGUAUUUAUGAAAGCUCAGAGAGAAAAAUACCUUUUGGGCAAGUACAUCCCAACUUUAAUACUGGCAUUUCAGAAUAUUUGUACACCCAUAUCUUUGUAAGUAUACAGUAAAUAUGAUAAAUAUAAUUUUGCUGAUUAUAUUCAAUAUUUUUGCUCUCUUGAAUUUAACUGGCUGUGAACCUUAAGGCUCAGCAGUGUCAAUUUUCUGUAGUUAAACUGAUAAAUGAUCUCGCCCUAUUCAGCUGGAACAUCCUAUUUUCUUGGGAGGUCCAAACAAACACCAAGAAAUUCUUUACUGAAGAAUCAGUGUUAUAAGUGCUUCUCUGUGUCACAUGUUAACAUUUCUAUAAACACCUGCCAGUCUCAAACUGUACCCUCAAAUAUUCAUUUCC